CCACUUUCUCUCAUUCAUCACCAAAUUCUUCACCGUUCACACAUGGAAAUUCAAGACUACUCCUUCUUAUUCACAGAUAUGGAUUUCAAUUUCGGCGUCAACAACCCCACCACUAAGAAAACUCACCAAAACAACGACCCAGAAUGGAACCUCAACGACACCGUUUUAAACGACUUACUCACUUCCUUCAUUCACUUCGAUGACACCAAGCCACACCAACAACUAAUGGAUCCAAAUCCAAUUGCAAACCAGUCCCACAUCGAACAGUUCGAACCAGAGUUCGAUGAGCCACCAACCAAAAAACCCCGCCGCUCCGACGGAACCGCCACCACCCCGCCGCGGCGUUUAUGGGUGAAGGACCGGUCCAAGGAUUGGUGGGAGCGCUGCAGCCACCCUGACUUCCCGGAAGAGGAGUUCCGGCGGUCUUUCCGGAUGAGCAAAGCCACAUUCGAGAUGAUCUGCAGAGAGCUCGACUCGGCGGUGACCAAGAAGAACACCAUGCUCCGUGAAGCAAUCCCCGUCCGCCAGCGCGUCGCCGUCUGCAUAUGGAGGCUUGCCACCGGAGACCCUCUCCGGCUAGUUGCAAAGCGGUUCGGUUUAGGAAUCUCAACCUGUCAUAAGCUGGUUUUGGAGGUUUGUUCCGCUAUUAAAACAGUUCUCAUGCCGAAGUUUCUCCGGUGGCCGGAUGAAGCCGCCAUGACAGCGGCGAAGAGCGAGUUUGAAGCGCUCUCCGGGAUACCGAAUAUUGGUGGAGCAAUGUACACCACUCACAUUCCGAUUAUAGCGCCGAAGAACAAUGUUGCUGCUUAUUUCAACAAGAGGCACACUCAGAGGAAUCAGAAGACUUCUUACUCUGUUACGGUUCAAGGGAUUGUUGAUUCGAGAGGUGUUUUCACUGAUGUUUGCAUUGGUUGGCCUGGCUCUCACCCUGAUGAACAGGUUUUGGAGAAGAGUGCUCUGUUUCAGAGAGCAAGCAGGGGAAGUUUGAAGGAUGUUUGGGUUGUGGGAAACUCAGGGCACCCUCUAAUGGAAGGGGUUCUGGUUCCUUAUACUCACCAGAAUCUUACCUGGACGCAGCACGCGUUUAACGAGAAAGUUGAUGAGAUUCAGGGGCUUGCUAAGGAUGCAUUUGGCAGGUUGAAAGGGAGGUGGUCUUGCUUGCAGAAGAGGACUGAGGGGAAGCUUGAGGAUUUGCCUGGAGUUCUUGGUGCUUGUUGUGUUUUGCAUAAUAUUUGUGAGAUGAAUAAUGAGAAGGUGGAUCCUGAUUGGAAGUUUGAUGUUUUUGAUGAUGAGAUGGUGGCGGAGAAUGGUGUGCGCUCUGUUUCUGCAGAGCAGGCUAGGGAUCACAUGGCACAUGAUUUGUUGCAUCGUGGCCGUGCUGGAACAACUUUUUUCUAGCAGUUCUGUUUUGUGAGAUGAUACUGAAACUGUUGUUAUGUACUGUGAUUUUGUAAUUCUUUUGGCUAUGGUUUAUUGUGAUAGUCACAUUAGGGAAUAAGAUUGUAAUGUUAGUCAUGAGUAUAUGUAAUAUAAGUCAAUUCAAUGUGUAUAGAGAUUUGUGGCUCAACCAUACUAUUAAUGAAUUCUUGAAUUUUCUCAGCUGAA